UAGGAUAACUUUGUCUUAACUGUUAAAACGCAAUCAGCAAGCUUCCAGCAACCAUUUCUAUGCAUUCAGAUGAAGAAUUAGGAGCAUGGUAGGAAACCUUUGAUAAAAGAGGAUUGCAGCCUCCCUGGUAGGACCUUGGAAGCUGCCUGGAUUUAAGGCCGGUAACUACCGAGUGAAAUUGGUCUCCAGGUAAAAAGUCUUGAGUCUGCCUUUGUUUUUUAAAGAGGUGACAAUAUUAGCUUUGUCUGGAAGAGUGAAUUAAACUGCCCGUGUGUAAAGCCAGGCUUAUAAUUUAGAGUGAGCCUGACCAACACCAAGAAGCGGGUGGCCUGGUGCUCGACCACGCCCAGGUAAUGCUGUCUUCUCGGAAUUGUACUUUUGCGCACGCGCAAUGGUGUCAACUUCGCCACUAGGAGGCGCCAGGCCCUCUUCAGGCCCGUCUUGGGGCGGUGCAUGUGGCUGUGACGUCACUGCACGCGCCACAUCUUAUUGCCGGGCAGCGAUGGCGGCUACUCUGGAGUCCGCGGAGGACCCACUGCGGAACUUUGUUCGAGUUUUGGAAAAGCGAGAUGGCACGGUGUUACGACUGCAGCAGUAUGGCUCCGGCGGCGUGGGCUGCGUUGUUUGGGACGCUGCCAUUGUCCUUUCUAAGUACCUAGAAACGCCGGGGUUUUCCGGGGAUGGGGCCCACUCUCUGAGCCGCCGGUCGGUGCUGGAGCUGGGCUCCGGCACUGGGGCCGUAGGGCUCAUGGCUGCUACCCUCGGGGCUGAUGUUGUGGUCACAGAUCUUGAGGAAUUGCAGGACUUGCUGAAGAUGAAUAUUAAUAUGAACAAGCAUCUUGUCACUGGUUCUGUUCAAGCCAAGGUACUGAAAUGGGGGGAAGAAAUAGAAGACUUUCCUUCUCCGCCAGACUAUAUCCUGAUGGCCGACUGCAUAUACUAUGAAGAGUCUUUGGAGCCAUUGUUGAAAACUCUAAAAGAUCUUAGUGGAUUUGAGACUUGUAUUAUAUGUUGUUAUGAACAACGAACAAUGGGAAAAAAUCCAGAAAUCGAGAAAAAAUAUUUUGAGCUCCUCCAGCUAGACUUUGACUUUGAAAAAAUUCCUUUGGAGAAACAUGAUGAAGAAUAUCGAAGCGAGGAUAUUCAUAUUUUAUACAUCAGAAAGAAAAAAUCGAAAUCUCUGUCGUGAAAUCUUUAGUCACCUUACCCAAGCCUCUAACAACCUGGGUAAGCUAAAUAUAUGAAUGGAGCAUGUGAAUACAGCAUGGGAAGAUUGUGUUCACAGAUUUUUCCAGCAUGUCCAUAGAGACUCGAUAUAUAACUGACAACCACCAUGGGUUACCUGCCAUUUGAAAAUGAUUACUGACUGCCUGUCGGCCAGCGGGCCUGAAAUCCACCUUAGUUUACUUGUAGCUCAGCUUCAAGUUCUGCUUAAAAGAAAAUUGUGUAUCAGUCACUCCUCAAAUGAAAGAUGGGUGUUGAGGUUUGCCUUAAGUCUACCAGAAGUAAACAGUGAAGUGGCAUGGUUGACUUGGCAUUAUUGUCAGGAAACUGGAGAUGAAUUGAUCCAGUUUCUAAAGAGAGACAUCUAUUACUAUGUAAUUCUGUUUAAGUUGCAACUAGUAAAAUUUAGUUGUCUUCAAGAUCAACAAAUCUAAAAGUUGGUUUUUAUUUUAAUGUAAUUAUGCAUUGGUUUUUAUCGUAUGUGUCUUCCACUUCAUUGCGGUUAUUACGAUAGCAUUAAUAUUGAAAUGUUCUUAAAACAAAAACCUGAAAAUGCUGUUUUGUAUACUAUUAGCCAAAGUUUUAUUCUUUUCCUCCACCAUACAUGUCUGUGUGAGUUAGAUAGUAAUUUAUACUGUAAUGAGUUGGUAGGAAUGAAAGUAAGAAAUCAGGAGGGGGAAAAGGUAUCUUUACAAACUUUUUCGUUUGCGAAUGGAGCAAGAAUAAAAGCCCAGUUUCAGGCUUGUGCACUUAGGUGGCUCUUGCACUUUUUGUCACAUAUAUCUUCCAGGAAAAUGGCUAAAAUCACCAGUGUUUACAUGAAACAGAGAAAUGUUUUUAAGUAACUACAAAUGUGGGUCUAUAUAUAUUUACCAAGUGUUUUGAUUCUAUGUAUUCUCUGUUUUAUCUUACAAUGAUAAUCAUCUCACAGACUGAUCUGUCAAGGACUUCAGUUACACCAGUUGUGAAGAGUAAUACUAACUGGAUAGAAUUCUGGUACCUGUAGGCAUUGGUGCUAGGUGGCACAUUUUAUGUAUUAAAAUAAACAUUGUUUUUGAGA